GAAGAAGACGAAGAAGAAGAAGAAGGAACUAUAUUUGACACAAGCUUCUUUCACGCCGGCUACGUUAGGGUACAACUCAAGAGAAGGUCCACAGGAUUUAAAGGAAUCUACUAAGAUGUCUCGUCGAUAUGAUUCAAGAACAACCAUCUUCUCGCCUGAAGGCCGCCUAUACCAGGUAGAGUAUGCCAUGGAGGCCAUUGGUCACGCUGGCACUUGUCUGGGGAUUUUGGCCAAUGACGGUGUGCUGCUGGCGGCUGAGAGGAGGAACAUCCAUAAGCUAUUGGACGAGGUGUUUUUCUCAGAAAAGAUCUACAAGCUGAAUGAGGAUAUGGCCUGUAGUGUGGCUGGAAUCACAUCAGAUGCCAACGUACUGACCAAUGAGCUGAGACUAAUAGCACAGAGAUACCUGCUGCAGUACCAGGAGCCUAUCCCCUGUGAACAGCUGGUCACAGCUCUGUGUGACAUCAAGCAGGCCUACACACAAUUUGGAGGGAAAAGGCCCUUUGGCGUGUCUCUGCUGUACAUGGGCUGGGACAAACACUAUGGCUUCCAGCUCUACCAGAGUGACCCCAGCGGCAACUACGGAGGCUGGAAGGCCACCUGCAUCGGCAACAAUAGUGCCGCGGCCGUGUCCAUGCUGAAGCAGGACUUCAAAGAGGGAGAAAUGUCUCUGUCCUCUGCCCUGGCUCUGGCCGUCAAAGUGCUCAACAAGACUAUGGACGUCAGCAAGCUGUCUGCUGAGAAAGUGGAGAUCGCCACUUUGACCAGAGAGAACGGAAAGACUUGCAUCAAGGUGCUGAAACAGAAGGAAGUGGAUGAGCUGAUCAAGAAACACGAGGCGGAGGAGGCCAAAGCGGAGAAGGAGAAGAAGGAGAAAGAACAGAAGGAGAAAGACAAAUGAGUGGCUAUUUUGUUACAUUUCUGUAAAAAAAAACAUUAAAUAUUCCAGGUUUUCUAAAUUGUUCUCUUCGACUGGAUCUGUUGUAUUUCUUUAAAUAAAUGAUCAGUACUAUA